AUGUUCCGCAACAUUCGUAAAUUCCAUUCUUCAAAGAUUCUUUAUAAUAUAUCAGAUGUUCAAUUAACACUGUUUUCUAAACAACAAUGUGGUCUUUGUGAUACUGCUAAAUCAGUUAUGGAUCAGGUGCUUCAAAAACCUGAUUUUAAGGAUUGCAAGUACAAGGUUGUUGACAUAAUGGACCCAGAGAACAAACAAUGGUUUGAUAAGUACUGUUUUGACGUUCCUGUUUUGCACGCCCACAAUAUUGACAACGCCUCGGAAGGAAAAGUUGAAAAGCUAUUCCAUAGGUUCGACGAGAAGAAGGUACAAGACCUAGUAGUAAAAAUUAAAUAG